AUGGCUGGAAGAGGUGGAAGAAACGAUGAUGCGAUUGUUGAGGCCUUGGGUAUGAUUGCUGGUGUGCUAGGAGGGAAUCCCAACGGAGCAGGACUUGGUGCUAACAAACAGCUGGGAGAACUUCAAUGGAAUAAUCCUCCGUUGCUCAAAGGUACUCACGAUCCUGACGGUGCUCAGAAGUGGCUGAAAGAGAUUGAAAGGAUCUUUCGGGUGAUAGAUUAUGCUGAGAAUAUGAAGGUGAGGUAUGGUACUCACAUGUUAUCUGAGGAAGCUGGUGACUUGUGGGUUGCUAAUAGAGCUGAACUCGAUGCUGAUGGUGUAGAAAUUACUUGGGUUGUGUUCAGAAGGGAAUUUUUAAGAAGGUACUUUCCUGAAGAUGUUCAGGGAAGAAAGGAGAUUGAGUUCCUGGAGCUGAAGUAG